CUUCCCAGGAACUCUCAAAAAUUUAGCACAGGAUGGAAUUCGUCAAGCUUCCAAUACUCCAGCAUCCCCGUCUUACCAAGUCGAAUGCCGAACGAUCAGAAGGUCGAUACUGGAGGGAGUUCAAGAACCCAGUCUUUGUCAAAUCAUACGCCCCCAUCUCUCACAUCACCUUCUCUUCCAAGGUACCCCAUCGAUAUUGCGUCAGUUCUGGAACAAAGAUUCAAAUCUACUCUCCCAAAACGUUGAGGGUGGUCAAGACAAUCUCUCGAUUUCAACUGCCCGCUCGAUGUUCAGAUAUCAAAUCGGAUGGCAAGCUGGUCGUCUCUUCGGAUGACUCGGGACUCAUCCAAGUCUUCGACCUCAAUUCUCGAGCCAUCCUGCGUACUUUCAAGGAAAUCAAACAACCCGUUCACGUCGUCAAAUUUUCACCCACUUCUGCCCAUGUACUCACCUGUUCGGAUGACUCAACCGUGCGUCUCUUCGACCUGGCUACUUCCAAAACAGUCCGAACAUUCAUGGGGCACACGGAUUACGUGCGUGCUGGGGAUUUCACCGCACCGAACCUCAUCCUCUCAGGAAGUUACGAUGGACAACUGAAGCUUUGGGAUGACCGGAUCGAAGAGAAUGGCGGCUUGGCUUGGUCCUUGAAUCACCAACACCCAAUCGAAAAGAUCUUGAUCCAUCCCACCUCCACCCUUGCAAUCUCUGCGGGUGGCCCAGUUGCAAACGUAUGGGACAUACUUGGAGGCAGUGGCUCUAAACAGCCUCUGGUAUCUCUCUCGAACCACCAAAAGACCAUCACCUCCUUAUGCUGGGCUCGAGGCCCUUACAGCAACUUUGAUGAAGGAAGCCAAUCGACAAGACGUUUACUUUCUGGCGGACUUGACGGCCUGGUGAAAGUUUAUGAUAUCUCAACUGGAUCCUACAAAGUUCGACAUACCAUUAGAUACAGCUCACCGAUUCUCUCUAUGGCGGUUUCACCUGAUGAUAGCUUGUUAGUAGUCGGCUGCACCGACGGAAGCCUCAGCAUGAGGAAACGACCCAAGUCUUCAAACGAAAUCGCCGUCAAUAAGGCCAUCAAGGCGCAAAAAUUAUUGGCUGUCGCAAGCCAAGGAAGCGAUCCCGCAGCGAACGAAACUGAAAUCGUGUGGGGAAGACAAGACGCCAAUCUCAUCGAGGAGAUGGCUGGAGCUGGAAUGGAUAAUGCGCAUGAAGAGGCAGCCGAUGAAUACCCUGAUCUGAAAACAACUGAAGCCAUGAUGACUACCACCCCGAAAACGAGUACGAUCCAGCGGAAAAAGAAACAGCGCCUACAAACUUGGGACAAGAUGUUGAAAGCUUUCCGUUACGGUGACGCUUUAGACUCGGUCCUCUCCUCAACAGUCCCCCCAAACACGACGUUUUCACUCAUACGUGAACUGAUGCAUCGGGAUGGGCUCCAUCAAGCACUCUCCGGUCGGGAUGAAGUCAGCUUGGCCCCGAUUCUGCGGCUGAUUUCACGACACAUAACCGAUCCGCGUUGGUUUAACAUCGCCUCAGAUGUGCUGAACUGUAUCAUCAAUCUCUAUCGAGCUGUGUUGGGCAAAUCACAAACUAUUGACGCGCUACUAUCGACGAUUUCGUUUCGAAUUUCUGAUGAGCUAAAAUUACAUUCUACCUUGUUUGCCGUGAAUGGACAGUUAGAGAUGAUUCUUUCUGGGUACGAUUAAUCAAAUAGUAUUUUCACUAGUAGUAAUUCUAUAAGUUGUUCAGCUCUCACUCAAGGCUCAGUGCCAAGCUCAAACACCAUGGCUUUACUUGUAAUUUUACUGGAGUAUCAAGACCACUUAAAUACCAAAAGAGGAUCCCAACUCUUUUUCCCCAAGUUGCGUACUGCAAUGCGUGAUGAAAAAAAUGUGCAGGUGUUUCAGCUUGGCAGACUCAAGAAGAGUCGCUCAUGUAUUUCUUC